GGGAGCUAAUCGAACCGCAAAACCUCCAUUCAGGCCAGAUGUCGUUCUUCGAGCGCCUGAAUUACGAUGUGCGUGUCCUCGUCUACGAGCACAUGGACGAUAUCCCGCCUCUGGGUCCGGGAGCCAUUUACUCGGGCUUCAUUCUUGCGUGCCACCAAGCCAAACGAGAAGUGGAAGAAGCCGCGGCAAAGGCGGUCAGCAAGCUCUUGAAACAUUGCAAAGACGAAUGCGCCGCCGGGCGCGAGGACGGGCAGGUAUUCUCCUGGCCGUGUAUCGACAUUGGGAUUCCGACAAUCACGGCAGCCAGCAACUUUACUCAGCUUCGCACGAUCACAAUCACCCUUCCAUUCUCGGCCCUACAGGGGUUCGGCGGUUCCUACGACGUUCAGGGGUUUCACGGAGUGUUUUGGCCACUCUAUCCCAUAUUCAGCAAAUACUUCCAGAAGGUGUCCGUCCAGCUCAUUGACCUUCCAAGUCACCUUCCAAGUCGUAAGCCUUUGGAUCGUGAAUAUUUCCGUGACUGGGUGAGAGAGUUGCUCAGCGACAUAGCUGCUGAGAUCCCCUUCUCUCGGUCUCGCGGCUUUGGCUUUCUUGCCAAUGACAAAGCAAGAAAAGCUGCGAAAUAUGCGGCGCCCAUCAAAACCAAGCAUAUCUCCUUCUACUGGGAUACCCGUGACGGGGCAGAUAGGGCCGAAGACGUGGAGUUGCGGGGCGUGCGCUAUCGAUACGAUGCCGACGAGAGGAAGAAGUUGGGUAAGGAGCUGAAUUCGCAACUGCCCAUGCAGUACAGGGUCAGCGACGAAAAGGGGAAGGUGGAAGAAUGGGGGCUAGUCAGCACCAAUUGGUGGUCGCUUUCUAAACGUGAGAACCCGCGCGUCUUACUUGGCCAGGAAGAGGGCUUCACGCACACGGAGUGGCAGUUCUGUUAUAGUAGCGGAAUUGGAGGCAAGAUCAAGCCAGACAUUGAGAAGAUGCAAGAGACGAUUGGGGACGACUGGGCUUGA